GUGAGGCACACAGUUUCUUUGCACUAUGGCGGAAGAGGAUGAUCCGGUGCUUCGGACUUUACAGAGCCUCAGGGGAAAAAUUUAUACUGAAACUAAUUGCGGUAAAGACAUUUCUGUUCUAAAACUGAAGAUUGAAGAAUGAAUAAACGAGGCACCUUAGCAAGCCCUGGUGAUGCAAAGAACUUGCUUCCAUACCCUGGACCCAACAAGAUGAGAGGUUGUUUCUGUACAGUAAGCCUGGACCAAGAGGAGGUCUUCCGUACCAAGGUUUUUGAAAAAAGUUUAAGCCCCUUCUAUGGAGAAGACUUUUACUUUGAGAUCCCAAGAACUUUUCAGUAUUUAUCCUUUUACGUUUAUGCUAAGGGAUUUAUGCAAAGGGAUUUGCCAGUGGGUAAAGUUGCAAUUAGAAAGGAAGAUCUCAGUAAAUACAGCGGGAAAGAACACUGGUUUAGUUUGCAAUCUGUGGAUCCAAACUCUGAAGUACAGGGCAAGGUUCACAUUGAGAUGAAACUCAACGAACUUAUUACGGAUAAUGGAUCUGUGUGUCAGCAGCUUGUAGUGCGAAUAAUUGAGUGCCAAGGCUUGCCACUGAUAAAUGGACAAAGCUGUGACCCGUACGCAACUGUUUCUCUUGUUGGACCUUCUAGGUCGGAUCAGAAGAAGACCAAGGUGAAAAAGAAAACAAGUAGCCCGCAGUUUGAUGAAACGUUUUAUUUUGAGGUGACAAGGUCCAGCAGCUACACAAAAAAGUCACAAUUCCAGGUUGAAGAAGAGGACAUUGAGAAGCUGGAAAUUAAGGUGGACCUGUGGAACAAUGAGAACCUUGUACAGGAUGUUUUUCUGGGAGAGACCAAGCUAUCGGUGAAGGUUUUAAGAAAUGAUUCAUCUCAUCAGGCUUGGUAUUUGUUACAGCCGAAGGACAAUGGCAACAAGACCUCAAAAACCGAUGACUUGGGCUCCCUGCGAGUAAGUCUAACCUACACAGAAGACCAUGUCCUUCCGUCGAACUACUACAUUUCUCUGAGAGAUCUGCUGCUCAAAUCACCAGAUUGUAAGCCUAUCUCUGCCUCCGCUGCCCACGUUCUGUGCGACAUCUGCCGAGAGCGAUAUGAGGCGGUGCUGCCUGUUGUACGGCUGCUAUUGCAUUACAAUAAACUGGUUCCUUUUGUAACUGCCGUAGCUGAGCUGGAGCUUGAGCAGACACAAGAGGCCAAUACAAUUUUCAGAGGAAACUCCCUGGCGACUCGUUGCUUGGAUGACAUGAUGAAGAUCGUUGGGAAACGAUACCUGACCGUAACUUUGAAGCCUGUUUUAGAUGAGAUCUGUGAAUCCAACAAACCAUGUGAAAUCGAUCCCAUAAAAUUGAAAGAAGGGGACAACGUAGAAGUAAAUAAGGAGAAUCUGCAUCAGUAUGUUCAGAAAGUCUUCAAUUCCAUUGUGCAUUCAAGUAUGAGCUGCCCUACCCUGAUGUGUGACGUGUUUAAUGCUUUGAGACAAAUGGCUACAAAACGCUUUCCUGGUGACCCCCAUGUGAAGUACUCUGCAGUGAGCAGCUUUGUGUUUCUGCGGUUCUAUGCCGUGGCUGUGUUAUCUCCUCACAGUUUCCAUCUCCGAACUCAUCAUCCAGAUGCACAGAUGUCUCGAACGUUAACACUCAUUUCCAAAACUAUUCAAACAUUAGGAAGUUGGGGCAGUUUAUCCAAAAACAAACUGUCAAGUUUUAAGGAGACCUAUAUGUAUGAUUUCUUCAAAUCCUUCCAAGAAGAAAAAUGUAUAGAAGAAGUUAAAAGGUUUUUAGAUGAAAUUUCCUCAACAGGAAGUAAAGAGUCCAGUGGAGUAGAAGAGUCUUUGAUUCUUAAAGAAGGUGAAGUACAUAAAAGAGCUCAAGGACGGAAACGACUUGGCAAAAAAAACUUUAAGAAGCGCUGGCUCCGUUUGACCACCAGAGAGCUCUCCUAUCACAAGCAACCAGGCAAAGAAGCAUUGUGCACAAUUCCCAUCAAAAACAUUCUGGCAGUGGAGAAACUUGACGAGAGUGCAUUUAAUAAAAAAAAUAUGUUCCAGGUAAUUUAUACUGAGAAACUGCUUUACGUUCAAGCAAAUAACUGUGUGGAGGCCAGCGAAUGGGUGGAGAUUCUCAGCCGGGUCAGUCGUUGUAAUCAGGGCAGACUGACUUCUUUCCAUACCUCAGCCUAUGUCUGUGGAAGCUGGCUCUGCUGCAAGGCCACUUCUGAGACACAUGCUGGCUGUAAGCCAUGUACCGCGACCAUGCCGGCAAAUAUCCAGCUUGAUAUUGAUUGUGACCGAGAAACUGAGAGGAUCUAUUCAUUAUUUACAGCAAACACUUUAAAACUCCAGAAGUUGGAAGAGGCCUGUGCAACCAUAGCAGUGUACCAAGGCCCUCAAAAGGAGCAAGACGAUUAUUCCCAUUUUACAAUCGAGGAUUCAAGGGAAACCUUCAACACGAUUAAACACAUCCGCGAAGUUACAGAAAAGCUUCUAGAACAUCACGAGACUUUCCAAAAGAAAAGAUCAACUAGCACUAAAUAUGGCAGCGAGGACAAUCCAAUUGUAGGAAAGUCAUCGCAACAACAAUGAAGACAGCAUGGAAAAGCUUUUAGAGAACUGGAAUUCUACAAUAUGCAAAUGCCAAGCAUUGCUUCAUUGAGAUACUAAACACUGGAAUUGCACUGAAACUGCAGGUACCACUCAGAAGAACACAUAUCCAUUUGUGCUAAUGCAAUACAAAUAUCUGGAACAAGUACAAUUAGUGAAUUUUACUUUAUUCAGUUUAAAAGUUGUGUGCCCCUUUUUUUUUUAUUUUACGGAAAAAAAUAAUAAUAAUAAUUUUGUACAGAAUGCUAGAGAAUAGCUUAAAAAAAUUCAAAAUACGUAUAAGCAACCUUUCAAAUGCUGCUAAUAUAAUUUAUAUUUCUUAUUAUAAUUUAAUUAUGCCAGUAAUUCUAAAAUUAGCCGCUUUUUUAUUUUACUUUUUAGUGGUGAUAUCUCAUUAAAAUUUUAAAAAAGGGAAUAUUAUAGCUUUGGAUGAACAGCACGUGUGGUAUGGAAACUCCAGUGUGUAUGCAUGCUUUUAACACAUACAGUUUUGACGGAAAGCGAGAUUUCUAAUUUUCCUUAUUUGUGUUUUAUUAAUGUAUAUAAAUGUUUUCCUUGCCUUGCAUGUAAAUGAUAUCCUGAAAAAAAAGAAAAAUCACAUACAAGCACUUUAGAAAUUUGGACUAUUCCAGAUAUAAUUAUUUAGAUACUUUUAGUAUCCAUUUAGUACAUUUUGAUCAGUUUAAAUGAUCGAUAUUUUGUAACUUUUUUUUAAAUGUAUAUGCAUAUGUACAAACAUAUUAGUACCUUGUUGAUUUCUAACACCAAAGAGAUUUUUCACCUAAUAUACUUGAAAUUAAAAAAAAAAAAAAAAAAAAACAUUUAGAAAAGGAAGGUUAUUUUUAGUCUUUUGUUCUUUAAAAACCCACCUUAGCUUGAUCUCUGUUGGAACCCUCAUGUUAAGAAGGCGUUGCUUUUUGCUAAGGUUGUCACUGUUCAAGGGGGUAAAAAGACUGGGAACCUUAUUGAACAUUCCACCUAUUGUACUGCAAGUAGUUUUCAGGCUUGAAAUGUUUUAUACAUGGGCUGCUCAUUUUAUUUCAGAUUUUGACCAAUGCAUAUUGUUUUUGGUUUGUUUGUUUGUUUUUAAUUUGUGGCAGAAGUUCUGGUCACACAAGUAUUAAUUAUCACAAAUCCAGAUGUACUGCAUUUGAGAAAAGGUUACACUAAUAUUUUACCUUUUUUAAAUUGGGUACACCUGAGAGCAACAAAAGCAUGCAGUAGAGUCCGCUAACAUGGAAUGUCCUAUUGGGUUUCUUACUGGCAGCAGUAUGCCUUGCCCACAACUACAACAUUGAUGAUUGUUUGCCCAUAUCUCUGUUGUACUGCUGUAAAUAUUACUUGUAAAAUAGUGCUUUUUUUCUUCAUUUUGCAAUAUUAUGCUUAAAAGACAAGUUUAGAAUAUGGUACGUACACAAGACCAGCUUAUUGCAGCUACAUAUGCCAAAAAGCAGUGUGGAGCAAUGGUGCUUGUCUGCAGUGAAAUGGUAGGAACAGUCCUACAAGUUUCAAUUUAUUUAUUUUUCUAUAAGCAUAACGACAACUUAGGCAUACCAGAAUGCUACUUUACAUUGCCUAGUAUAUAUUAUAUGUUUAGUACUUGCCUAAAAUAUGAGAGCACUGAUAGAUAUGGGCCUUUAUGCUCCAACUGCUUAAAAAAACAACUGCUGCAUUAUCUCAUCUCGUUUAAACAACAUAAAUCAGCUGACUAGAAAACAGAAGCCACCAUACUGGAUCUCUUAGGCAAUGUAAAGUAGCAUUCUGGUACGUCUAGGUUAUGCUUAGAAAUGUUACACCAAGCAGAUAAGGUUUAGGUCAUGAAUCUGAAGUAUUAAAAAGACAAUAUCAAGUCUACGUGAUGUGUAAAACUGUAGAUAAGCAUUUCUACUCCAUUUCUCUUGGCUAAGCAUAGUUUCACUGCUUUUUUUUUUUUUUUUUUUUUGGGCCCUUUUAUAAAAUCAAUAUGAAAUGUCAAUGCGAUCGUCAUGCUGACAAUUUACACCUUGAAUGUGAAGCUGAAAUUUGAAUUGCUUGUGGUACUGCUGUUGGUAAACUGAUUCAAACAUUUUAUGGGUAUGACCUUGAAUGAGAUUAUGCAGAAUAACAGCUGUCUGAUGCAAUAGACAGGUGGCAUGUGUCAUACUGUAUAGUCCACAUUAUUUUGACUACAGAAGCAAGUUUAGUGCCACCUCUUUGUUUCUGAAAGUCUUAUUGGUGAGCUGUGGGAUUGUGAAAUUAAUUGUAUAAAUUGCAACAUUUUGCAACAUGGUUUCUUGUCAUUUACCACACAGAUACAAAAAAGUGUGUGACGUCUACACAGUACAUUGAACUAAUUAGUUUCAGAUCAGAGUAUAAAAAAAACAAAAUUCCAGACACAAACCACAAACUUCUGUGCCAUGUUUUUGAAUUUAUUGGAUGUGUAACAAGAUACAUUUUCUCAUAUCACCAAUGUAUGUGGUAACUGGUUCUGCAUUAAAGGAAGCACAAUGCUAGAAAAUACAGGUUUCUAGAACAAAUCUCUGUGUUCUGUUUAGAAACAGUUCAAUGAACAAUGAUUUUACUGUGCUCUAAUAUAAAAUGUAAUCGGUACAAGUCCUUUAAACAUUUCAGUAAUUAUGCAAAAUAAUCUACUCUUUAUUAAUGUAGUUGAUUUCUGUAACGACAUAUUUUGCCUAAAUGUAUUUGUUUUGUUAUUACAAAAAAUAAAAUAAAACGCAAUAUUGCCUUUUAUGUCUUCAGAAAUAAUUAGCAAUAAAAUGUUUCCAACAGAAUGCAUUUGUGUUCUUUAACUCUCUUUAGUUUAAUUUAGAUGCUUUAAAACAAAUGACUGGUUAUAAUGAUUAAAUGUUAAUGAAAGAAACAAAGUUCAGAGUUAAUGGAGUAAUCAUCUCGGUCCCAUCGAAACCAGUCAAUGUUUCAGGAGCUGUUGUACAAAUUAAUGAAAACAUCAGGGCUGGGAAUAACAUCUUUAGUACCAAGUCUCUGGAAUCUCAGUCCAAAAAAUUAUGUAUUGUUAAGGAAGUCAAAGUGCUUACUUCCUGAAUUCUGAAUUGUGGAAGGUAGAUAACUUGAACAUUCAUGUACAGACUGCCAUAAAUGGUGAGCUGGAUACAAUAGCAGGUUGGUGUGAACCCAGUUUUACUAGAUGGAAGAUGUCAUCCUCACUCUGCACUAACAGUCUGUUUUUCCUGUGAAUUUAAUGCAAUAGCACUAGCUGCGCUUGGGCACUGACCUGACCUGGAAACUCUCUGCAGUUCAGUCUUGAUCCCCUGUGCUGAAUUGUUUGAUGCCUUUGUGAUGUGGAGUAAUGUUCACUGAAGGCUUGGCAGAGGACUCCCCUUGCCUGGUAUCCAAGCAGAUUUUUGAUGAUUUUAGCAUCCAUUGCUUUUGUACAGUACAUCAUUA